GUUGCUGUUAGUGUUACUUUUCUUGUUAAUUACCGGCAACCUCCGCUACCGUUUCUCUAACAUUCUCAAUGGUUGCAGUGGCAAUGCAGUCUCUGUGCUUCUCUCAAUGCUUGGUCCCGUCCAGUUACCGGCUGUCUCCGGUUCCGGGCCCCCGCAUUUCUAGCUUAAGCUUCCCCAGAUGUUCCGUUCCGCCACGUGUUCGUACCAUCAAGUGCAUUUCUCUCUCCAGCAGCCCCUCAUUAGUAAAUGAUACAACGAGAUUUGCUGAAGCUUCUAAAAAUGGAAAUUUAGUUCCAUUGUACCGUUGCAUAUUUUCGGACCAGUUGACUCCAGUGCUGGCUUAUCGUUGUCUGGUUAAAGAAGAUGAUAGAGAAGCUCCGAGCUUUCUUUUUGAGACGGUGGAGCCGGGCUCUCGGGGUUCCACUGUUGGGCGGUAUAGCGUGGUUGGAGCUCAGCCAGUUAUGGAAAUUGUGGCCAAAGAAAAUAAGGUUACGAUAGUGGACCAUGUGGCAGGGAGUGUGGUUGAGGAGGUUGUUGGGGAUCCGAUGGUUAUUCCGAGAAGAAUCUCGGAGAGGUGGAAGCCUCAACUUAUUGAUGAACUUCCUGAUGCUUUUUGCGGGGGUUGGGUCGGGUAUUUCUCAUACGAUACAGUUCGCUAUGUGGAGAACAAAAAGUUGCCAUUCUCAAAGGCACCGGAGGAUGACAGAAACCUUGCUGACAUGCAUCUAGGCCUCUAUGAUGAUGUGAUUGUGUUUGAUCAUGUGGAGAAGAAAGCCUAUGUAAUUCACUGGGUGAGGCUGGAUCAGCACUCUUCAGUUGAGAAAGCAUAUAUGGAGGGAGUUGAACACUUGGAAAAAUUAGUCGCCAGAGUACAACACACAGACCCGCCAAGGCUGUCCCCAGGUUCUGUAGAUUUACACACUAGUCAUUUUGGUCCUAAUUUAAAAGAGUCAAACAUGACAAAUGAAGCGUACAGGAAGGCUGUACUUGACGCAAAAGAACAUAUUCAGGCUGGGGAUAUUUUCCAGAUCGUACUAAGUCAACGAUUUGAGCGGCGAACAUUUGCUGAUCCAUUUGAAGUGUAUAGAGCAUUGAGAAUUGUGAAUCCAAGCCCUUAUAUGACCUACUUACAAGUACACAUUUUUGUCUCACAAACUAUUUUAGUUUUUAUAGUUUGUUGCAUUUUUAUCAUAUUCAUUUCAUGUUUUCAGGCUAGAGGGUGUAUUCUGGUAGGUUCAAGCCCCGAAAUUCUAACUCGAGUAAAGAAGAACAAGAUUGUGAAUCGACCAUUGGCUGGGACAGUUCGAAGAGGGAAGAGUACUGUUGAAGAUGAAAUGUUGAAAACGCUGUUGCUAAGUAAUGAAAAGCAAUGUGCAGAGCACAUUAUGCUAGUUGAUUUGGGUCGCAAUGAUGUUGGAAAGGUUGCAGAAUCUGGUUCUGUGAAGGUGGAAAAGCUUAUGGACGUUGAAAGUUAUUCUCAUGUAAUGCACAUAAGCUCCACGGUUACAGGUGAGUUGAAAGAUGAUCUCACCUGCUGGGAUGCCCUAAGAGCUGCACUGCCUGUUGGAACAGUUAGUGGAGCACCAAAGGUUAAGGCCAUGGAGUUAAUCGAUGAGUUGGAAGUAAAUAGGCGUGGUCCCUACAGUGGUGGGUUCGGAGGUGUUUCCUUUACAGGCGAUAUGGACAUUGCGUUGGCGCUAAGGACUAUGGUAUUCCAAACUGGAACCCGUUAUGAUACAAUGUACUCGUACAAGGACACCAACAUGCGCCGGGAAUGGGUUGCAUAUCUUCAAGCUGGUGCAGGUGUUGUCGCUGACAGCGACCCUGAUGAUGAGCACCGUGAGUGUCAGAACAAGGCUGCUGCGCUAGCCCGAGCCAUCGACUUGGCUGAGUCUGCCUUCGUUAACAAAUGAUGUCAAUAACAGAAUAAAAUUUUGGGAAUCAACUCAACUUGGAUUUUGCUGCAGAGAAUUAAAAAAAAAAAAAAAAAAAAAA